GUUUUUAGACAUAGUCUCUCUAAUCUGUGGUGUUAAUUGUUGUGAAAUAUAAUUGUUUUCUACUUGCCAUAAUUUUGUAUUUUUCAGUUUAUUAUAAUUGUAAAAUACCAAAAUAUCGUCUUUAUUAAUCGUUUUCUAAUCAACAAUUAAUUCUGCAUCAUAUAACAUUAAGAGAUUAUAGAUUCUUUUCCGGGACAAUAUGGCUUUAGCACUUCAGAGACGCGCAAAUGUUCGGCUUCCUCCUGAAGUGAAUAGAAUAUUAUACGUCAGAAACUUGCCAUACAAAAUAUCAGCAGAAGAAAUGUAUGAUAUAUUUGGAAAAUAUGGAGCAAUAAGGCAAAUUCGUGUAGGAAAUACACCAGAAACUAGAGGUACUGCGUUUGUAGUUUACGAAGAUAUAUUUGAUGCCAAAAAUGCUUGUGACCAUUUGUCAGGUUUCAAUGUAUGUAACAGAUAUUUAGUUGUAUUGUAUUAUAGAUCUAAUAAAGCUUUCAAGGGAAUAGAUAUUGAAAAGAAACAAGAAGAAUUAGACACAUUGAAGAAAAAAUAUGGUAUAUCCACUGAUGAACUACGCAAAUAGAUAAAGAAAAUAAAAUGUGUACAGAAUUCAAAA